AUGCCAAUACCCUCCCAGCUGCUGCCGUUCCUCCUUGCAGCAGCGGUGGUGGCGGCGGAGGCUCACCUGAUCUUGCCUGCGUUUGCUGAACACCAAGGACGUGAAGAGCAGGAGCAGCAGCAGGCGGUGGUGGAACGUCCGGGCUGCCAGGACAUGUGCGGCAACAUCAGCAUUCCCUUCCCCUUCGGCAUGGGGAAGCCCAGGUGCUUCCUUCCUGGCUUCAAGGUCACAUGCGACACCUCCUCGUCGAAUCGCCCCCGCCUGUUCCUUGCGUACAACAUCAGCGGGCCAUUCCAGCGGACGAGCGCCCUGAACCACACGUCCACCAAGGGUGGCACUGGUUCCGGCGGGAACACCAACGCUGUGGAGCUCAUGGACAUAUCAGUUGCUGACAACGAGGCCCGAGUAUACAUCGGGGUCAGCUCCGACUGCAGCACAAAUGGUAGUAGGCAUUUCCUCGCGAAGUUUCAAGACAUAGUCUUGGGCGACGAUGGCCCGUUCCUCCUGUCAGCGACGCACAAUGUUCUCAUCGGUGUCGGCUCCAACGUCGAAUCCAUGAUGGUGACCUCAUUUGGGGAGAGGGGGAAGGAGACGAAGGCCUACAUGCCUUCCUGUCUUUCCAACCUCAUGCGGCGACUCCAGUACGCGACAGACGGUACGUGCUCCGGCUUGGGAUGUUGUCUGGCUGCCUUGCCCCCGAAUGCGCCCCCACUGACCAAUUUUGGAGUCGGGUUCAUGCCCCGGCCCAACUAUCUGUGGAAAACCAAUCCAUGCUUCUACGGCAUGUUGGCGGAGAAAUCUCGGUACAACUUCUCUACGCAUGACUUGAACGGCAUUGAGGUGCUAUACCCGGAGGGCGUACCUGUUGUGCUGGAUUUCGCCAUCAGGAAUCUUGGUUGGUGUCCACCGGAAGGACAGCAGCAACCUCCGGGCUACGCGUGUGUCAGCAGCAACAGCACUUGUGUCAACACCACCAGAGGCAAUGACUAUGUCUGCAAGUGCUUGGAGCAUUACCACGGCAACCCCUACAUCACUGAUGGAUGCCAUGACAUCAAUGAGUGCAAACUCCCUGAUUUGUAUCCUUGCUCGGUUGAUGGGGUCUGUGGCAACAGGUUGGAAGGCUAUGACUGUCCAUGCAAAGCAGGAAUGAAAGGCGAUGGCAAAACCGGACACUGUGUAGAAAAUUUCCCCCUAGCAGCAAAGGUGGUUGUAGGCCUUGCUGCUUGUAUUGUUGCACUUGUCCUCAUGGUUAUGGCCCAUCAACUCCUAACACUCAAGAGGUUCCAUGAACAAAAUGGUGGACCAGUACUAAAAGGUGUAAAGAAUAUAAAGAUAUAUAGAAGGAAAGAAAUGAAACAAAUUACAAAUAACUACAGUUGUGUCAUUGGAGAAGGAAACUUCGGGAAGGUUUAUAUGGGGACUCUAGAAGAUAAACAACAAGUGGCUAUAAAGAGGUCCAUCAAAGUUGACAAGAAUAUGAAGGCGGAAUUCACUGGGGAGGUUAUAGUACAAUCUGAGAUGAGACACAAGAACAUUGCAAGGCUCCUAGGUUGUUGCUUAGAGCUGGAUGUUCCAAUGUUGGUAUACGAAUAUGUAUCAAGAGGGAGUUUGUAUGAUGCUCUAUUUGGAUUGAGGCGUGUACAUAUCAUAUCGGUAGAUAUGCGCCUACAAAUUGCUGCUGGGUCAGCUGAAGGCCUAACAUACAUGCAUUCAGCAGGGGAGUGUACAAUCCGUCACGGUGAUGUUAAAUCUGCCAAUAUUCUUCUUGAUGAAAAUUUCUUCCCUAAAGUUUCAGACUUUGGUACCUCGAGGUUGCUCGCAGGAGGAAAGACUGAGAAGACUGAACGUGUCAUUGGGGACAUGAGUUACAUAGAUCCAAUAUAUAUGGGCCAGGGGAUUGUUACACAGAAGAGUGAUGUCUACAGCUUUGGGGUUGUUCUCAUAGAGCUUAUCACGAGGAGGCCCGCAACAUACUCUAACAAGAGGAACUAUGUUACAAGCUUUGUCGAAGCGUAUCAAGAUAAAAGAGCAAGAAACUUGAUUGACAAUGAUAUCAUAAGCGAGGUGGAUAUUAAACUCUUGGAAAUGGUCAGUGGAGUUGCCGUGGAGUGUGUAAAAUUUAAUCCCGAAGAACGCCUAGAUAUGAAACAAGUAGAGCACCGUCUCCUUGAAAUUAUUGGUCAAGGCGUGCAGGAUGGACAAGGGAGAAACUACCAGGCAGAUCUCAGUCCUGCGCCAGAUGAUGUUGCCUUGCUUAAGUCUUGGGGAGAAUGA